UUUUUUCUUUCUUGUUAUUGUUUGUCGAUCAGCAAAAUCUGUUCUUGUUGAUUCUUUUCAUACCACCUGUUGCUCAAACCCACGCAGCCGGGACGAGGUCUGGGCUGGAUCUUUUCUUCUUUGAUGGUACGGCGUCUUGGCUUAGAGAUACGAAUGAAUGGAACAGCCUCAGGAGCAGCUCGGGCAGACUGGUCGCUGUGUCUAGCUACCAUUGCUGCUAGCGCUGCCUUUUUCGCUAUGUAUUACUCCCAUUUGUUAGGCCCUCGGGCGGAGAGAUGAAAACAUGCGAUGCGUUCUAGCGCUGCAACAUUCUUACGAUUAUUGUCAAUUGUAGCUCAUCUAAUAUAAUCGUAAGACUUUCUCAACAUAUAUCAAGAGCAUAUUGCCUCCUGCAAGUCGCUUUAGUUGCAUUGUGACUUGUAGUGACAUUAGGUAGUCAGGCUCGGGUAGAAGCCGAGUGAGGCUAUAUUCGGUAUAAACCUCAUUACCAUGUAGGUAUCUACAUGUUCUUCUCGCCUACGGCUGAAUGCACAUAUAUGUUAUUCCACACUUCUCAUGCCUUCGUCCUGUACUGCUAUACACUCCUAAGCAUCUAUGAACUACGACUCACCGAAACAGUAUACCUAGGUAUACUUACUACUUCCAGGGCUGGCUACCUAGGUAUCUAUUUUCUUUUCUUUUUUUUCUUGAAGCUUUUUACUUGGCCAACUUUGAAUACUUAUCUCCCUCCUUCCCUCCCUAUCUACCCACGAAAGGUAAUCUUUACCCGGACUUCUUUUUUUUUUCCUCUUUUACCUUUCCCUAACGCGUGUACACAAACUCACAUGCAGAAGAAAGUCAGUCAGUCCAUCUCGGGCUAAAGGAAGGGGAAAGGGGUCGCAUAAGGGGUCGAGAUGCGAGGUACACUUGCACGACAGUCGGUGUUUUUUUUCUUUUCUUGGCUGCUCUAUACACCUGGCUGUCUGUCUGGCCGGCCUGGCCUGGCCGUCUGUUGCGGCUACUGCUGCUGCUGCUGCUGUUGUACGCACUCGGUGUUGGGUAUUACAUUACGUACACGGGUAGCUAGGUACCGAGGGAAAGGCGAAUUUUGUCGAGUUUUUCGAUCGAGUACGGCUUUGUGUAAGUACCUCUUCUUGCCCCCUUUCUUUCUUGGUGGGUGGGUGGGUUGGUUGGUUGGUAUAGAGGUAUAGGUAAGGAGGAAGAUUUUCCUCCUGCUUAUAAGGAUAGAGGGGGACAAGUAUUGGACAUAAAGGCCUCGGGGGCUAGAGAGUAAGCACCUAGUUAGGUACCUACUUUUCAUGCAGAUGUAGUACGCGCAGUGGUCGGGUGGAUGGAUAUGCAAGCCCCCUUUCUGUCUCUUGGAUCAGGCAAGCUCUAGCGGAUAGUUACCUGCCUUGGCAGCUUGUUGACUUCCGACGGCUACUGGAAUACUUCCUGCCCAAUCGCCACAGACGGGGUUUUCCCCUCUAAC